AUGCUUGCAAGAGCGCGGCCCAUUGGAUCCCCUGGACGAUGCCGAAGUAGCGGCAACAAGGACCAAGUCACCGUCAUCCGUGACUACCGCUCAAAAAUCGAGGCCGAGCUCUCCAACAUCUACAACGGAAUCCUCAAGCUCCUCGACACUCGCCUCAUCCCCUCUGCCACCUCCAAUGACUCCAAGGUCUUCUACCUCAAGAUGAAGGGAGACUACCACAGGUACCUAGCCGAGUUCAAGACCGGUGCCGACCACAAGGAAGUCGCUGAGAGCUCCGCCUACAAAGCCGCUCAGGUUUGCUUUUCUUUUGUGAGAAGGCUGUUAGUGGUAAGAAAGGAUUUGUUCUUGGAAGAUGUUGGCGAUUCUCCAAAGUCCGAAAACGUGGAAUGCGCGAGUAAUGUGGAUGAUGAAGAAUCUAUUGUUCCGUUAGGGAUUGGAUUUUCGGACACAGCUUUUGAGAAUUGUGAAGCUCCCUCACCAAACUAUAUACUCUGCCUCUUAUCUGCUCUGCUAACUUCAAUUGGAAAACAGGCGGGAAUUUCUUCAGAAGCUGCUACUGCGGCUGCUUUGAAGGUUGGAAAGAGGCCUGAGAAUGCAGGAAAGCUUAUUGGGGUAAGAUCAAAAUGUGCAUAA